UUACAACAUCUGCCGACCAUCCAGCAGCAUGGAUGUCAUGGAGGAAUGGCCAGAAAUAGAGAAAGCAGCGACGGAGAAGAGGCGUGAGCUGGUUCUCCAGGGCCCUGCUGUUGAUAAGAAAGUCUCCUCCUGCCGGGGGCUGCCCUCUAAUAUCUACUCCUUAACUCUGCUCAAUUAUCUAGAAGUUAGCCAGUGCCCCAGUUUAACUGAGAUCCACGAGGACAUCCGGCAUCUGACCAACCUGCAGAGCCUCAUCCUGUGCAGGAACAAGCUCGUCUCCGUCCCGGAUACCAUCGGCAGUCUGAAGUCCCUCAAGGUCCUGGACGUUUCAGUAAACAACAUCACGGUUUUACCGGAGGGAGUCACUCAGUUAAGGGAGCUCAACACUCUGAAUGUGAGCUGUAACAACCUGGAGGUCCUGCCGGAGGGACUGAGUCAGUGCACCAAGCUCUCCACCAUCAACAUCUCCAAGAACCACAUCCGCCGGUUCCCUGCUGACCUGUACUCGGAGCGCCUGGACCUGCUCAGUUCUCUGGUGGCUUCCGACAACUGCAUCGAGGAGCUGAGUGGAGACAUUCACCAGCUGCCUGCUCUGAAGGUGCUGGAUCUCUCCAACAAUAAGCUGAGUGAGAUCCCCUCCAACCUGAGCGACUGCCCUAAGCUAAAGGAGAUCAAUUUCAAAGGCAACAAGCUUAACGACAAGCGCCUGGAGAAGAUGGUCAACGGCUGCCAGACCAAGUCCAUCCUGGACUACCUCAGAGGAAAAGGAAGAGUGAGACAAGGAGAGGAUGGAGGUGGUGCUGACGGAGGACGCAACGCAGACAAGAAGAAAAGGCAGCAGCAGAGAAAGAAGAAAGACAAGGUGGCAGAGGAACCGGAUGAGGUAGAAGAAGUGAACAAGAUGGUAGUGAGGAUUCUCCACAUUUCAGAUGCUCCCACAGCACUGACGGUCACAGUGAGCUCAGAGGUGAAGGAUGUUCGACCAUACCUGGUGUGCUGCAUAGUGAGUGGAAUGAACUUAAAGCCUGGGAAUGCCCUCAAACGCUUCCUGAUGGCUCAGACAAAACUUCAUGAGGACUUGUGUGGUAAAAGAACCAUUGCCACCAUCGCAACUCAUGAUGUGCAGCUUCUCAAAGGUCCCCUCAUGUAUGAUGUCAAACCACCCACCCAGCUGAAGAUUGUGCCGUUAGGUCGCAAGGAGAUGACAGCGAUUGAGCUGAUAAGACACCUUCAUCUGGAGGCCGAGGAGCUGAGGAAGCAGAAGAAGAGGCAGAAUGUCACUGGGCUUCACAAAUACCUGCAGCUUUUGCAAGGCAAAUCCCUCUAUCCCUGCCUUGUGGAUGCUGAAGGACAUGUGAUCUCAUUCCCACCAAUCACCAACAGUGAGAAGACCAAGAUUAAGAAGACAACCAAAGAGCUGUUCUUGGAGGUGACGAGUGCCACCAGCCUGCAGACCUGUAAAGAUGUUAUGGAUGCUCUGAUUGUAAAAAUGGCAGAGUUGAACAAGUUCACUGCAGAGCAUCAGGAGGAGGUGGGCUCGGACGACGAAGGCGAUGGUCCACCUCAGCCUGUCGGGAGCAGUGAGGCCUCCAGCCAGCUGAUCAUCCAGCAGGUCCGAACAGUUGACCAAGAUGGGAACCUGAAGGUCGUCUACCCGUCGAAGACCGACCUCUCCAAAGACAUCAGCAACUUGUCAGUAAUUUGGUAGUUUGGAUUAGCUCUGAUGUUUACAGCCAUUAGCAUACUUCAUCAAGUCCUAUCCAACCUGUUGCUUUGGACAGUUUCAGGGACGUUUUUGUGUUUUAACCAACAUCCUGUUCCUCCCAUUGGUAACAUGUAUUGUCUGGUUAGACGUGUUAUCAUUUCAGAUUUAUUUACAGCUUUUUGAUUUGACAUGUAGGAUAAUAUUUAAUAAUUAUUUCCUGGGAGCACGCUGCACAUCAUAUACUGUCCAAAUGUCCUUAUUUUGUAUCAUUUGUAAACUGAAGACAACUGAUCAGUUGGUACAUUAAAUUGAACUGUCAUUGACUUUAACUUAGACUGGUCACUGAUUGUAGAACUGGCAAAUUUCUUCGGAUAGUCAUCAACUCACAGCAAAAAUUGCAAUGUUUGAUAAACUUUACUGCUGAUUUCAUUCAUUAUAAUUCAUGUAGCACAGUGUUAAAGAUCUGCAUGUUUAGGGGUUUCUUUGUUCAGCCAUUGUAACUAGCAGCUUAAACGAUCUGAAAGGACGCUGCGUAACUUGGUGUGCAGAAGAGGAUUUUUAUAGGUAGAAGGCUAACCCCUGGGAGCAGAGGUUUAAACCACAGCUGCACCAAAAACUGUUGAAUAACUGGUAAAUAUGCUGCAUUUGGUAAUUUUUGUAUUCUUUCUAAACAUUUGAGCACUAUUUAUGUCUUGCUUAGUUCUGAGCAGUUUCGGGCAAAUGGAAGUUCUUUAUAUACUAUAGAAGGAAAAUGUCUUAACUUGUAUGAGUCUAAAUGUUCAAUAUUAGGAUAUUAGUAUUCUUAUGGACCUGGAACAAGAUUCUGUGUAAGUGACAUUUACACUUUUCUAGCCAAUGAACUAAUUAUAAAGUGGCACAUUUGUUACAUUAAAUGUCAUUCAGUACAUGUAUGUUACAUGAUUCAUUCUGCAUGUGUUUGCGAAGACUCCAUUGAAGAUUCCUCUGAAGAGACCAGAGGAUCUGCAAAACAGAAAAUAUUCAAUUCAGGCAAAAACUAUUUUGUAGCAGAGGUGUACAAACAUUAUGUAGAUAUACACUGCUUGUCCAGAAAAAGCAUCCAAGCUGAUGCAGUGAGGACCUUCUUGUUUCUUAACAAACCAUGUUGGAAGAUAUAUAGUCAUGAAAAGGAUGUUAAUCUGUUUCAGAAGAGUGAAAUUAUUGGCCUGCAUCAAGCCAAGAAAAUAACUGAGGAGAUUUUUGAAACUACUAAUAUCGGGUUAAGAACCGUCCAACACAUUAAAAAUGGAAGGAUAGUGGUGAACCAUCGUCUUUGAGGAACAAAUGUGGUCGGAACAAACUCUUAGAUAAUCGUAGGAAAUCAACAGUAGAACUCAUGGCUAUGUUUAAUAGUGAAAGUAAGACCAUUUCCUCAUGCACAAUGCAAUGGGAACUCAAGGGAUUGGGACUUAACAGCUGUGUAGCUCUAAGAAAAUCACUGAUCAGUGAGGCGAAUGACAAAAAAAGGCUUCAGUUUGCUAGGUAGCAUAAAGAUUUGAUUCUGGAGCAAUGGAAGAAGGUCGUGUGGUCUGAUGAGUCCAGAUUUACCCUGUUGCCAAAGUGAUGGAGUCAUCGGGGUAAGAAGAAAGGCAGAUGAAGUGAUGCACUCAUCAUGUCUAGUGCCUACAAGCCUGUGGGGGUUAGGGUUAUGAUCUGGGGUUGGUCAGGUUCAGCAACAUUAUGUUCCCAAAGAAUGAGGUCAGCUGACUACCUGAAUGUACUGAAUGACCAGAUCUUUCUAUCAAUGGAGUUUUUCUUCCCUGAUGGCAUGGACAUGUUCCAAGAUGAUGAUGCCAGGAUUCAUGGGGCUCACAUUAUGAAGUGGAUCAGGGCGAAUGAGACAUCAUUUUAACUCAUGGAUUGGCCUCCACAGAGUCCAGACCUCAGUCCCAUUGAGAAUCUUAGGGAUGUGCUGGAGAACUUUGCUCAACAGUCCAACUCUCCCAUCAUCAAUAUAAGAUCUUGGUAGAAAAUGAACGCAAGUGUGGACAGAAGUAAAUGCUGUGACAUUGCAGAGGCUUAUCAAAACGAUGCCACAGCGAAUGUGUGUCAUUCUCAAAGCUAAAUGCAGUCCAAUGAAAUAUUAGAGUGUGCAGCUUUUUUUUUGGACGGGCAGUGUAUUUUGUCUAUCAUCUGCCAUUUCUCUACACCUCACACAAAUCAUUGCGUACCUGGAUUACAGAUUAGCUCUGUCAGAGUGAAUUUCCAAACAGGCCUUUAGGAUACUUACAUUCACAAAUGUAUGCCACCUCCAGGUACUUGUAUGUGCCAACACAGGAGUCUCUUAACACUGAGUUUGUAGCGCUGAUGGUACAGUUGUUUUUCCCAUUACAGCUGCGGAUGCAAAACGACACGAGUCAAUAAUGGCUUCAAUGUGCUUUGGAGCUUCAUAAAUAUUUUAUUUAAAAUGAACUGUAUUUAGUACUUUUUAAAACCUAUACAUAAUGUGUGAUUUGAAUUUGGCCUUAGAUGUGCUUUCAGUAUGUAAAAAUAAUGCAACCUUUGUGAUCUAUUUCUUUGUUUGAAUUUCUUCCUACUUGACUGAGGGAACCUUGCAAAAAUUACACUCCACUUAUCUACUAGUCUCAACUGGAAAGCACCCCUCACUUACCGCUCAGCAACUACAGUGUUGCUAGUGAAGCUUGAACAGGACACAUUUUGAACCUGAGAGGCGGGCCGUCUGUAGGAGCAGGUGGACUGGUCACUGCGUCCAUAGUCAGCCCCAUAGACAAAUAUAACCUGCCCCUUAGC